UGCCACAGAGCUUUGGAAACUAGAAGAGUGUCUCUUGUGGACUUGGAGAAGUCUGCUAAAAUGGAAAGUGGUGACACAGCUGGAUGCAUGUCCAACAGCAUGGAAAGGCGUUUGACGAAAGCCAUGGGACUGUGUGAUCUUUCCACCAUGUUUGGGAAAAAGAAGAAGAGGCUGGAAAUCUCCGGCCCCUCCAACUUCGAGCACCGGGUGCACACCGGCUUCGACCACCGGGAGCAGAAGUUCACGGGGCUGCCGCAGCAGUGGCACAGCCUGCUGGCAGACACGGCCAACAGGCCCAAGCCCAUGGUGGAUCCCUCAUGCAUCACCCCCAUCCAGCUGGCUCCUAUGAAGACCAUUGUUCGGGGGAACAAGCCUCGAAAGGACACUUCGAUCAACGGGCUGCUGGAGGAGUUUGACAACAUCUCGGUGACCCGCUCCAACUCGCUGCGGAAGGAGAGCCCUCCCCGGCACCACCAGGGCAGUGCCAACCACGUGCCCCGGCCCCGUGAGGAGAAUGGCUUCAUCGUGUGCUCGCAGUACUCGAGCGAGUCGGACAGCACGGCCGAGAGUGCCGGGGAGCGGCUGCGGGACCGGGCCCUGUGCGGGGACGAGUGGGACCGCUACUGCCAGGGCAGCCUGGCCGCCCGGCACAACGGGCACCUGCUCAAGGUCACGGCCCACGACUUCUACUACUCAGAGGUGGCCCCCCUGCAGCCAGAGCUGUCCCGGUUCCUCCCGGAUUACCAGGCUCACCUGGAGAGCAAGCCCAAGGCGCUGGAGUAUGGCGGCCUGAGGCUGGAGUACCAGCGCGUGCCCAGCGGCUCCUCCCUGGACUACCGAGAUUCCUUCCCCUACGCCCCGUCCCGGGCCUCGCUGCAGAGCGAGGGCCCCAGGGACCGGCUGGACUACGGGGACCCUGACUGGGGACAUGGCCUCGCCAAGGAGGACAUGGACAAGAGGCCCAAGUCCUCAUACGUGGACCCCGCGAGCCCCCAGCCAGCCAUGAGGCAGAGAUCCAGGUCGGGCUCGGGCCUGCAGGAGCCGGCCAUGCCCUACGCGGGCAGCGCCUUCAAAGCUCACCAGCAGGGACAUCCCUACAGCUCGUACACCUACCCCCGGCUGUCCGAGAGCGCAGCGGGAGUGCCCAAGCUUCAGGAGUUCCUGCGCCUGAGCAGAUCUAUAGCAGGAGCCCGCGAGUACCUGGACAGCUUCCUCAAGAUCGGCGAGGGCUCCACGGGCAUCGUGUGCAUCGCCACCGAGCGCCACUCGGGCAAGCAGGUGGCCGUCAAGAAGAUGGACCUCAGGAAGCAGCAGAGGAGGGAGCUGCUCUUCAAUGAGGUGGUGAUCAUGAGGGAUUACCACCACGAGAACGUGGUGGACAUGUACAACAGUUACCUGGUGGGCGACGAGCUCUGGGUGGUGAUGGAGUUCCUGGAGGGCGGCGCCCUGACCGACAUCGUCACUCACACCAGGAUGAACGAGGAGCAGAUCGCCACGGUGUGCGUGUCCGUGCUGCGCGCCCUGUCCUACCUGCACCACCAGGGCGUCAUCCACCGCGACAUCAAGAGCGACUCCAUCCUGCUCACCAGCGACGGCAGGAUAAAAUUGUCUGACUUCGGCUUCUGUGCCCAAGUGUCAAAGGAGGUUCCCCGGAGAAAGUCCCUGGUUGGGACACCCUAUUGGAUGGCACCAGAGGUGAUAUCCCGCCUGCCCUACGGCACUGAGGUGGACAUCUGGUCCCUGGGCAUCAUGGUGAUGGAGAUGAUCGACGGGGAGCCGCCGUACUUCAACGAGCCGCCGCUGCAGGCCAUGCGCCGCAUCCGGGACAACCUCCCGCCCCGCGUCAAGGACACGCACAAGGUCUCGGCGGUGCUGCGGGGCUUCCUGGAUUCCAUGCUGGUGCGGGAGCCCUCGCAGCGAGCCACGGCGCAGGAGCUGCUCCGCCACCCCUUCCUGAAGCUGGCCGGGCCCCCCUCGUGCAUCGUGCCCCUCAUGAGGCAGCACAGGCACCGCUGAAGGGCUGCUGGCGAGGGGCAGAGCCCGGCUCGUGGCAUGCGGGAUCGCAGGCAGGGAGGAGCAGCAGCAGAGCCUUGAGGAGGAAGGCAGCCCUGAGGAAACGCUGCCGUGUGUACAGAGAGCCCCGGGGCAGGCAGUGCUCCCUGCUCCGCUGUGCCAGGGACAGGAGCAGGCCGGGCACCACGGCUGCCAGGCAGGGCACACCCAAUGCCAGCCUGGGCGAGGCAGCAUGGAGCCAAACAGCUGAGCUUCACCGCGGGCUGAGGCACUUCUGGCUCAGAAGAACACUUUUCUGGCAAACAAAGCACUUUUUAUCUCGGCCAGAGCAGCGCAAUGUAUUUUGCAAGAAGUUUGUAAUUUUCUGUACAGUACGUUUUGAUAACUUGCAGUACUUUGUCAUGUACCUGUUGUGUUAGUUAAGUAAUGAGUGUAACUUAGAGAAUUUGAGAAGAUGAAGUUUCCUACUUUUUUAAACCCUUUUGAAAACAGGAAAAAAAAAAAAAAAAAAAAAAAGAAACCACAGCCACCUUUAUGAAGUUGUAAGGUUUUGCAGAGUUGCCAUGGGGUGAGCAGGGGCUGAUCCUGCCCUGCCUUGGGGCACUGGGUGGCAGAGGCGGCCCAGGGCCCUCCCGGGCUGGCCGAGCCCUCUCUGGCCGUGCCACCACCACGCCUGCUCUGCCACCGCAGCGGCCUCCAGGACUGCUGUCACACUCUGGCAGGGGACAGGAGAGCAGCAGCUCCUCCUGCCAGCCCACAGGGAUCCCCAGAGCCCAGGCAGAGCCCUGGGAUGGGAUGGCUUGGGAUGAGCUGCCAGCGUUUGCCAGAGAGGAGGAGUCGUGCUGCUGUCUAGACCUUUCUGAAUGUUGAUGCAACAGUUGACUACUGCGGUACAAUUUUGUGUUAUUUGUUGGAUGACUUUGCAUGUUAACUGUAGGCCUAAAUAGAUUUGCCUUUAAAAUUUUUAGAAGUGCUUCAUAAUUAUUUCAAUGAGAAAAUAAUUUUAUUUAUUAAUGAUGAGUUGUUUUUAAUUCUGUAUAAUACAAAAGCCAUGUUUUUCAAGUUUGUUUUUUUUCUUACUGACCUCAUUUUAUGGUAUCUUUAAGAACCACAAGGCCAACUUUGUGAAAACACAGUUUCUUUCUUUUUAUGAAAUUUCAUAGUUAAUAAAUUAAUUGUUAUUUAUUGUAGUAAAUUAUAACCAAACAUCUAAACCUGGCAGGAGCUGUUGCUUAAAGAUCUUCCUCUGGGAGAAAAGAGUUGCCAAUAGUAAAGAAGCUCCUUUAGUUCUGCCCUUAAAGAAUAUUUGAAGGGAGAGAAGCAAUUUAAAAAUAAAAAAGGAAGAAGGAGCUAAGGAUGACCUGGAACAUGGAAGAGCUGUUCUUACAUCAGUGUCUUACCCCAGUGCUCUCUCCCUAGCCCUGUUUGCACAUUUGAAGAAGACGCUGAAGAAAACGUUCGGCUCCCAGAGCCCACCCAGCAGGGAGCACCCCCAGCCUCCCAGGGCUCUCUUUUGUAGUCUUGACAACUCAGGAAACCAGGCUGCACCAGUCCAGGCAACGGCACAACUUAGCACUAGCUACAGAAUUACCUUUUGUAACCAUCUUUGGAUAAAAAGGGGGUUGGUGGGAGUUUUUUCUUCAAUAUUCAGCACAUUUUAGGCUGUACAAGUGAAGAAUUUUCUGCGACUUUCUUAUCAUUAGAUACUUUAAGCAGUGUUCAUCGAGUUUACUGAGAGUUUUGUUAAUUUCAAAGGGUUUUUUUGUGAACACCAGCUACUGGUGAAACAAAUGCACAUGCAAGUUCAAUAAAUUCAUUAAUAAACA